UGUUUAUAUAUUGUCAUCACUCUUACGUAUCCCAGUAGGCCAUGGCUUAAGUAAACCACGCCCCAAAUCUCGCAACUCUCCUCCUAUUGGUGGGAUACGAACGGCUUAAGUCGGUGUAUUCCCUCAGGACUUUCAGUACAGCACGAUUCGGUAAACGCGGCUUAGUGACUCUAUAGUGACAGUGCAGUGAUUUCGGAUGGUGAAGCGGGAAUGUGAUUGUUUUUGUGUCCAAGUUACAGUUCAGGAUUGAUUCUCAUGGUGACUAAUUAACGAGUCCUCACCAGAUAAAAUUUCUACCUGUUGAUUGUUGAAAGUCUGAAAGCGUCUUACAUAGUACACUGCGAUUUGAUUUAUUUUAUUUUUUAAAAUGCUUAGAUAAGAAAUAGCGAACAGUUAGUCACAUUGAAUCGUAAAACAAACUUGGUACGUUGGAGGAGGGGUUGAAACUUUUUAAUCCCAAACCUUCAGGGUAGGGGUUAGAUGGCAACGCAGAAGCUGUAAUCAUCAGUGACAUUGUCCACUGAUCGUUCAAUCGAGAUCGUGCAAUGAUAUAACAAUAAGCUGUGUAAUCAACGAUGUUCCCGAUUCACCAAUUAGACACUUGCUAUUGUUUGGACCACCUAGCCAGCGAAUGUCUAUCACAAUCGAGUCCAUUCAUCAGCCAGAGCUUCUUCCAUCCGUACUACCCCCAGCUGUGGUUCCCCCUGCCACUGAAGAUCAGCCAACCAAGGCCGGAGAAACCGCCGUAUUCCUACAUUGCUCUCAUUGCUAUGGCUAUAUCGUCAUCACCUAAACAGAGGCUCACAUUGAGUGGGAUAUACAGGUUCAUAAUGGACAACUUCCCGUACUACAGAGAGAACAAACAAGGUUGGCAGAACUCGAUCAGGCAUAACCUAAGCUUGAACGACUGCUUCGUGAAAGUGCCCAGGGAGAAAGUUUCACCUGGUGAGUGCCCAGAAGGUGAAGGUAAUGGAAAAGGGAGCUACUGGAUGUUGGACCCAAAAGCGAACAACAUGUUCGAGAAAGGAAACUACAGAAGGCGGAAAACGAGAAGACAGAGAAUAGCGGAAAGUGGGGGUUCAUGUUCACAGAACCAACACCAGCAACCAAUAAGCCUAACAAAUUCGCCGACAACAGCAGAACUAUCUCCAUCCUCCUCGACGUCACCUCAGAAGCAGAACCAGGAGCAUCUGCGCGAAACGACAGCUUCGGCGCCAGUAUCAUCCAAGAACAGCAAGAAUUCCUCCCUAUUUACCAUCGAAAAUUUAAUUAAACGCAACAACUCGGGCAAUAAAGACGUUUAAAUAAAUAAGUGGUCUUUGAAGUAGCGACCGUUUUUGUGAUUUUAAAUUAUUUGUACUGGUGCCGCGCGGCGAGCGCGUACCAAUAAACAGAUGAAUCGCGUUUUACGAAGGAGCAUGUGUGGUACACCGUGCCAAAUAUACAGACUUAUAAGUAGUACGAUCACUGUGUGAUUAUACCAACGAAUUCAGACUAGGUAGAAGGAGUCAGUCAACCAUUGCCUUAUCAAAUGCCAUUAAGUUUGCUUAAAUAACCUUUUUUUUCGAUGUUGGUUUGGAUUAUAAUACACCAAACAUUUAACAGCGAGUUAAAAAACCCAUAAAUCCUCAACACUAAGUCCAUAAAAUACCUAAAACUCACACAAACUACAAGCCCACUGCCCACCCCACCCUACCAAGAUGAGUUUAACAUUGCAGACGCUUUGUUUCAAUGAAAAAUUACUUCCUUCUGAUAAAAGUUGAACAGAUCUAGUUUAGAGAAAUCAUAAAUUUCAAGGUAUAUUAGCGAAAGAAAAAGAUAUGUGAGCAAACUCAUUGGAAUUUGAAAGGGCAAGGCUUUGGAAGGUUUGGAUCACGGGUUCGGAUUCAGCCCAUCAAAAUCUUCGGGAAAGUAUAUUCUGGUUUCUGGGUAAGAGCGUCGGCUCAUUUUUGUCAGCCUAUAAUUUUCUUUGACAGCAUUGCGCGGGAAGUGAACUCAAUCUACUUGACGUAAUUUUUCAUAUUGAAGAUAUUGGCAUCACUCAAGAAGUCCAAUAUAAAAUUUCUUUUUCCAUCAGUGAUCUUGUGCUUCUAUUCUGUAUACUUUGGUUAUGCGCAUGUGAUGUGUAUCUUUACAUCAUGCAUUUGUAUACGAAAAGUCAGAUGUGUUCUUUGUAUGUAAAAAGAUGAAGGCGAAUAUGAUGUGCGGAAAUGUAUUUUGUCAAUAAAGACUUUUUAUUUAUACACUAAAA